CCUACAUCGCGAUGGGGGAGACGGAGAAGCCGUUCGCGUGCGAUGUUCCUGGCUGCUCUGUCCGAUUCGUGAGCGAAGACAGGUUGACGAGUCACAAGAAACGACACAGGGUUGCAGCCCUUUCUCUCAACGUCGGAAGCAGUGUCGGUUCCAAGAAUGUCGUAGAGCAAACACCGACCCCGACGAGGUUCAUUGACUACAUCGAGGAGUCCGGCCUUUUUCAAGAGCUGCAGCCGGAGCUUAGCACCCCAGAGCUUCACAACAAUGUGCAGCACCUCAAUCCUUUCGAAGCCGACUUCCGCCGAGCAUCCCACGGUGAACUGAUUGUCCCCGAGGCGCUAUCAAGUAUCAGUGCAACCGACGACUCAUUGAACACGCCAUGCAUUCCUCCCGUGACCGCCGAUCCCAUUGCACUGCGUGGCAUGCCUACACCCUUCACGGCUCUCAUACGAGACGUCAUAGACACUCCAAACCUCCUGAAAGUGGCAAAAAGUGUGUCUGCUACUACCAUCAGUGUUGCCCAACAGGCUUCAGCCAAGGGACAGUGCCCAGAAGACAAAAAAAGUGAACAGAAAAGUGGGGACGACAAUCAAAAAGACGAUGCCUCGCCUCCGGCGGUCGAGGCUGCAGUCACUGUUGCUAGCAAAAAGGAAAAGACAGUGGAUUCUAUCGCUCCGGCUGCCAAGUUGGAGUGUGCUAAAACAUCUGUUCUGCGAGCUUGUCCCAAGUCUCCAAAGCCGAUUUCAGUGUUAAUGAAGCCUGUCCAGGGCCCAGCCGGGCCGGCCAGUGGGGCCGUGCUGGCUGUCCCAUCCAGUGCCCCUCCGACAGUGGCCAGCCCAUUCUCGCUGCCAGUCUCGCUGCCCCCUCGCGUGCCCUCCGCACCCCUUCAACCUGUUGCUGUCGCUCCUGUACCGGUGGCUGCCCCGGUCACUGGGGUGCCUCCCAAGACGACCAUCAUUGCGUCGCACACUGGAAGUCUCAUUCAGGUUUCAGACGGCAUCCAGUUCCUGAUAGUGUCCAAUCCCCCUGGAACUGGCCGAGCUGCCGUGCAAGUGCCUUGCGUGGCCCCACCCAUCGUGCAGCAGCACACCAAGACGAAACUGAAGGAAGCCCUAUCCACAAGGAGCCGGCCAACCGACCUCUCGAAGGCUUUGUCAGGAAGCGUCGUGGGUGGGACCAGUCCAUCGGCCAAGCGUUGCCUUCUGCCAGGAGACGCUGAAUCGUGCGAAGGGAGCAAGCGGAGACAGGAGAAUGGAAUCGACGAUGAGCGAAAGAAGAAAAACAGAGAGAACAACAGGUAUGCUGCCCAGAGGAGCAGGCAAAAGAAAAAGAAAUUGAGCGAGAUCACCAGAAAGGAGCGUGACGAGUACAAGCGCAAGUUUGAGGAACUCCAAGCGAAGUACAGGGAAUGUUUGUCUGACCGAGCGAAGGUGAAUAGAGAAAGGAUAAAAGCAUUGGAGGAGAGGGCAAACACGUUGGAAGAGAACAAAGAGCUCAGAUGGCAAUUGUCACUCCACAGCAGCUGCCCCGUCACACUAGAGUUAAAGAAAAAAGCUGAGAUCGGCCAACAAGGACGGAAAUCUCAGGUGGUCGAAGCUGUCGCACAACCUAGCCCGGCGUUGACUCGCAGCAUGGAACUCAGCGCAUCCUUGACGCACAUUUCGUUGCUACUAACCAACAGGGAACCUUCCUCCGCGGUUUCCAAGUAAUACUACAGACGUGCCUUCUGAAGAAAAAAGAAGCACUUCCUCUGAGUGUCUUGACACCGACUGUGUACCAUAUUUUUAGACUAUCAUUUUUAGUAUGUUUAUCCAGACUUGCUUCUACAAUUUUUUGGGUGUGCGUUACAUAUGUCUGGUGGGUAUUUUUUUUUUUCCCCUUUUUCUUCACUUGCAGCGAAGGGUGCUUCAGAAGGGCUGAGUGCAGUAUACCAUUGCAAUGGUCACAGCUGGAGACAAUGAACAAUCUACGCUUAUAACGAAUACCAUUGGGCGUCACCACCACCGAGCCACGUUUCCCGCAGUGCAGCCAAAAUACAUUGCAGUUCGUUUGCAGACGGCACGGGUGCAGUUUUCAAUGGAAGAUGAAAACCCUCCUCAGAUCAGCGUCUACUGUUGCGCCAUCAAUGAAAUAAUGUACAAACUGGACAAACCUAAGGUCGUCGCCGACAAUCUCAAUAUGUUUUAAAAGCGAGCCGGAAUGAGGAGGUAGCGCCAUCUAUCAAUACAUACACCAAACGUGCCCCACCACUCGACUCUGUCGUCUGCGCCGCCGUCCGCCAAUAACCCUGGCAAGCUUUUUCGCCCUAUUUUCUUAGAGAAAGGGAGCUCUGCCUUGUAAUUUUACAAUGUAAAACCCAAUUGUGAAAUGCAGCUUUGACCAAAAGUUUAGUUUGCUAUGUGCCGGCGGCGAUUUUUAUGGCCCAUUUUACAUCGAACCUUGGCAUUUCAGACACCUUAUAUUUCGAACCUCCUUUGGGAAUAUUUUAAAGAGGGCUUACAACCGACGACGAUUGCAACGACCUGGAGCGACGGUAAUAAUCCAUGACAAUAUCUUGUUGACAACCGUUACACUCUUCUCAGUGUCAUAUAAACAGUUUGGCCUAUGCUCAAUUGGCAUGGAUCUGUCACAAUGUGUUCUAGUAACAAAUAUACUAAACCAAUUCAAAGGCACGUUGUUUGAACCUAUAACAGGGAUCCAAGCCAGUUGUUCCUUUUUGAAAGCUAAUCGAGCAUUGCUCUAAGAUCGCUUUCACUCGAUAUCUAGAUGCCUAAUCAUAGCAAGUCUAAAUUAGGACAAGGAGGAAAGUAUAUUCUUCCGAUGACAGCUGAAAUCACUGCCAUUUGUCGCACUUUUAGAUGGGGAAAUUCUCUUCGCCCAAAAAUUUCCCGCUUAAUCGCUGUUUCCCCACAAACUCGUGACACUAGUGUCGCAGCAAUAGACAAACAACCUAUAUCGCAGUCUUUUUAUUAUUGUGAAGGCAGCCGAACUGCGGUAUCAGAACCGAAGCUCUUUUUCCCACUGGGCGCCGCCAUAUUGAACUGUAGCAAGCCUGUCGAUUUUUUCGGUGCACCCACGUGCACCACUUAUGCCCACGCUUGCCGUGCGCGCCGCAAGUGGAAGUCGCUCAGUGCAACUUCCCGGGUGACGUGCGCCUUGGUGUAAGGUGCAAAGCUAUCCAGUGUGCGCUCCGCAUGUACCCGUGGACCCAAUGGAAGACACUAUUAGAAUAUCGGCACAUUGCUCCCCAAUUUUUUUGUGGGUGCCGCCAUUUUGUUGCUUUGCUUUGCUGUAGUUCAGGCUUAGGAUGAUUCAAUUUUUGUCAUUUACUAGAUACAAAUUAUGCAAUUUGGACACUUAUUUGGUUACCUUAUCUAAGGGUUGCUGAAAUGAAAUCACAGGAUGGUCAGAUGUGCCAUGUGCCAUGUGCCAAGCGUAAUGAUGUCAGCUUUCUCUACCAUGUUACGCAAGAAUAUUGCAAGGAGGUGUAUGAGAUGGCAACAAGGUCUAUUUCAAUCCCGUCAGUUAUCUUGAAUUGUGUGUGCUAUCAGCAUUUGUUUUAACCUCACCCUGGUGCUCUGUACAGAUUCUCAUCCAGCCCACAUCAUUUAUCAUUUUCCUGUGAAUCUGUGUUCGUCAAGGUUUGUGUAGCUUUUUGUCGCUUUAACUUUGUACAGCAGAAUUCACAGCAUGGCACACGAUUAGGGUGUAAAAAAGGGAAUGUGUUUUGUAGAGGCGUGGCAUGCAAAUGGAGGUUUCAGUCGAAUAAUGCUGCAUCACUCGUAGCCUUCACAGUUCAAAGGAAAACCACAUUAUACAGGCUCUUUUUGCAGUGUUGAAGCUAGGAAUGAUGCUGCAAUUUUCGGUUAGUGGUUUGGUGAAAUGAGCGAUGUUCUAGUAAUAUCAAAUAAACUUCAUGUAAGCGAACAAUAAAUAUAUUUAUUUGCAAA